UUACGCAGAUUCUCAAUACACUAUCUCAAAAAAUGAACUUCAAACCAAAAUUAUACCAACCCAUUGACUCUGAUGUUCACAAAUGGGGCGAGAUGCAAGCAAAUGGAUCCUACUCGGGACUGUUCGGUGAAAUGGUCAGUGGGAAGGCUGAUGUUGCCCUGGGCAACCUUCAGUAUACUCCUUAUCAUUUGGACUUGUCAGAUUUGAGCAUUCCCUACACGUCACAAUGUUGGACCUUCCUCACGCCAGAGGCCCUUACAGACAAUUCGUGGAAAACAUUAAUUUUACCAUUUAAAUUAAACAUGUGGAUAGCCGUUCUCCUAGUUCUGCUGGUGACUGGAACAAUAUUUUUUGGUCUUGCACACUAUUACUUGAAUUUGAUUACCUUUCGAGAGGAUUUAAAAGAUUCCUGUCAAGUUAAUAAGGAGAAAUUACAAGGUGAAAAACCAGUUGGCUUGUAUUUGUUCGGCGAAAUUACAAACAGCAUACUUUAUACAUAUGGAAUGCUUCUAGUCGUGUCAUUACCUAAGUUACCGACUGGGUGGUCAAUAAGGUUAUUAACUGGCUGGUAUUGGCUAUACUGCAUCUUGUUAGUUGUAUCAUACAGAGCCAGCAUGACUGCUAUUCUAGCAAACCCAGCGCCAAGAGUCACUAUUGAUAACUUAAACGAAUUGGUGGAUAGCAAACUGAAAUGCGGAGGCUGGGGUAGCGAAACAAAGAAAUUUUUUCAACAAUCAUUAGAUGAGAAAGGCCAAAAAAUCGGAGAUAAUUUUGAACAUAUUAAUGAUCCUAACGAAGCUGCUACGCGUAUAGCUCGUGGCGUAUUCGCGUAUUACGACAGCUCAGAUUUUUUAAAGUACCUUAGUGUAAAGAGAAAACAAGCAAAAACAAUGAUUGAUGUUGCCAAUUUUACUAUGAAUAGUACAGAGGUGGAUAGUCAAGGCGAAAGAAAUCUGCACAUUAUGUCGGAUUGUGUUGUUAAUGCACCAAUAUCUAUAGGUUUUCAUAAGAAUUCUCCUUUGAAACCUUUAGUAGAUAUUUAUUUGAAACAAAUCAUUGAAGUUGGUCUAAUUGAGAAAUGGCAAAACGAUGCUAUGUACAAAAUAAGGACUUUAGAUACUAGUGAAGAAGAAAUUAAGGCUUUGAUUAAUUUGAAGAAAAUGUAUUGUGCCUUUAUUGCUUUAGCCAUUGGUUACACCAUUAGUACUCUUUGUUUACUAGGUGAAUAUGCACACUGGAAUUUGGUAGUAAAAAGGGACCCUACAUUUGAUAAAUAUAAUUUAGAUGAAUAUUUUAAGAGUAAAAAUAAAAAACUUUAA